GUGAUUGGUUCAAUGCCCCAUAACCAACUAACCAACAACAACCAAACGUCAAAAAAUUAGCGUCACUUUCGUUUGCUAUACGUUUAGAAACCAAAAUCUUCAAUCAUCCCCAAAUCCACCAAAUAAACCCCGUCCAUUUUCACCGAAAGUGUAAAAUAACCUCCCAACAUGUCAAUCGGCGUCCCUAUUAAAGUCCUCCACGAAGCCGAAGGCCACAUCGUAACCUGCGAAACCAUAACCGGCGAAGUUUACCGGGGAAAACUGAUCGAAGCUGAAGACAACAUGAAUUGCCAAAUGACUCAAAUCACAGUCACUUACAGAGACGGAAGGGUGGCGCAACUGGAAAAUGUGUACAUCAGAGGUUCGAAAAUCAGGUUUCUUAUCCUGCCGGACAUGUUGAAGAACGCCCCCAUGUUUAAAAAACAGACGAAAGCGGGGACUGCUGGCAGAGGGAAGUCUGCGAUUUUACGUGCACAAGCUGCUAGAGGUCGGGGUCGUGGAACUAAUCCGGCUGUGAGGGGCGGCAGAGGCGGCGCGUGGCAGAAUCCGGCACAAGGGGCUGCGGGAGCAAGAGGGCGAUAAUUUAAGAAGAUUGUAAAUAAAUUAUAAGUUGUGUGAAGAUUUGGUUAAGAAUAUGAGCAGACUGAGGUCGUGCUGGACUGCGAAAUAGGUGUUAAUUUUAUGGAGUAUGAACUAGGAGUAAGUUAUAAAAAUAAAUUUGUACAGUUUUUCAAAUAGAAGGGGAAGUGUCCCGUGGAA